AGCUGUCGUGGUGCUCGAUGGUGGUGGUAGUGAGUCAUGACCCAGACUUCCUCUUUACCUUCGCCGAGCAGUCUCUGAAGGGCCGACUACUGGUGUGGACCACCAAGCUAGUGGUGGUGACACGCUUGCCCAUUUUGCAGGUCCAGGCCCUUCUGUCUGCCCACUGGACUUUCUCCAUGAUGAACACAGUCUUUCUCAACAUAAAGGGGGAAGCUCCUAAUGCAAUGUUUUAUGGGUACACAUACUUGCCGUACAGCGGGAAGGGCGCCACAAUGGAAAAGGUGGCUACCUGGACGCCAAAAAGAGGCUUGCUCCGAGAUCGUCAUAUACUGCCUUUCUCUGAGAAGUUUGAAAAAUUCCACGGCGCAACGGUGAACGUGACCGGCUUUACGUUCAUGCCAUUUUGGGGCGAGGAAGAGACGAAGACUUCUAAUGGGACCUCCGUCAUCAGAUAUGAAGGUUCCGACUAUAAGAUGUUGACUGCAGUUGCCGAGGCCCUCAACUUUACCAUUAGGGUGUUGCCUAGUAAAUCCUGGGCAGAGGUGACAAGACAGGUAGAGGAACGCGUAUCAUUCAUGGCUGCUGUCUAUUAUAUUAUAAUGACUGUAAGAGCGGAAAAAUACGAUUUCACCCAAACCUAUGAGUUUUCGUACCUCUCGUUUGCCAUGGCUAAACCCAGCCAGGAGCCCCAAUGGCAGAGUUUGUACUACCCGUUGGCGUAUCAGGUGUGGCUGGCUACACUGGGCUCACUUCUCCUCUACCCGCUCACAUAUAUUGCGGUAAAUUAUAUGGAACGAAAAGCAUGUGGAGGCGCAAUUAUUGUGGUGGAGGUAAUCCAGGACUUGUCAGGAAUGUUCCUGGCUCAAAGCCUUCCUCAUCGACUGCCCAGCACUUCUUCCAGUCGAGUCCUGGUGGGCACUUGGCUCCUCUUCUCUCUCAUUCUUGGGUUGUCUUACCGCUGCAACUUGACUGCUUCCCUCACCAUACCUAAGUAUCCUCCGCGUCCAGAGACUAUCCCACAACUCGUAGAAACAGUGGAUCGAUUACUAACUCAGGCUAUGUCUUUACCUUUGAUUUUCAGGAUCACAAUUCUACCUUUCGGAGAGUCUCACGUCAAGUAUUACAGAAAAUCAAAGUCUCCAUUGUUCAAUGCCCUAGCCGAUCUGAUGGACGUUGGCCCGAGCGUACUGGAGGGUCUGCAAGGAGCACUGAAAUACAACCGAGCUCACCUGGGCGGCAGGAGGUACCUGAAAUACCAAAUAGCUGAAAAGUUCACGGAAGAAGACGGCACCUCCCGCUUGUACGUGGGACGCGAGACCCUCUUCCCUGGGGCCUCGGGCUGGCCUAUCCCUCACGACGCACCCUACAAAGCCCAAGUGGACCGCUGGAUCUUAGCCACUAUUGAAGCUGGCUUGUACGAAAAGUGGAUAGCAGACCUAUUAUCGGAGACCAAACUUAAGACUCGACAGAGACAGAAGAACACCGAUAUUGAGCAACAAGACGACGAGAAAGGAGGGGAGACGGAGAGCCUCACAGCCCUCACCAUAACCCACACGCAAGGAGCUUUCAUUCUCCUUCUUCUUGGAUUGUAUAUAUCCUCUGGGGCCAUCAUCGGAGAACUCCUGGGAUCUCGGUUCUCUAAUUCUGCAUAAAUGUCACAAGCUUCGAUAAUAUACUGGUUGGCGAUCUACCAUUAUGUAUUCCUAAAUUGCUUUACGAUUCAUGUUAACAACGUUCAUUGUGUCCUCGAUAUAAAAUGAAUGCCAUGAGCCCUCAAAUUGUCGUGACAGAAAUUAAUCUUGAACAGUCCGCUAAUAUUCCAUCAAUAAAAACAACAAUGUUACAUAAUUUAGAAAAGAAACUAAAAAAGAACAAUAAUAACAAUAACUGAUCUUUACGGGCAUUUCUGGGAACUAUUUUUGGACAUCUUGCCUUAGUCAUCCCCGAGCAUGAUACCGUAUACACGUCUUUCAUAUUUAAUUUUACAUCAAUAUCCCAAUUUUGUUAACACUUGGCGAAAUUGUUUCUUUUGAAUUUUCUAACAACAUUUUUCAGAAUUCAAUCCACAGCAAUAUUGUCAGGUGAAGUGGAAAAAAUAAAGAUAAGUUCAUCAGCUCUGAAAUUAUUUCGUUUUGUUAUUCAAUGUGAUUAAUUAUGUAGUAUUCAUAGAUAUUCCAUGCAAAACAUUUCCAAGCAUCGCUGAGGUAAUGACACCUUGAACGUAAUGUAUAAACCAGUAUUAUAUAAUGUUAGCCACGAUUUAGUCUACAUAUGAUUUUUUUUUUUUCAAGUAUCUUACUUUUUUUUCUUCAUAUGAUGUUUAAACUGAAAACAGAUGUGGCUAAUUUAAUCUCUCUCUCUCUCUCUCUCUCUCUCUCUCUCUCUCUCUCUCUCUCUCUCUCUCUCUCUCUCUCUCUCUCUGUCUUAAAACUUUACGAGCAAUUUUCCUGAGAUCAUUACUCAUACGCUGGUUUAUGCAAGUCAUACUGCAUCUGUAGUCUUUAUUUAUAUAUGUAUUUAUUAGUUAUUAAAAUCAAAGAACCGUUUCCUUUAUUACUGUAAUAUUCAUGAAUGUAAGCGACUGUCUGAUAUAUAGUA